UCGGAAUUGUCAUGUGUCUGACAAUUGCCUUCGGUUAGUCAUCAGCAAAGCAUUUACAUUUACAAUAAUAUUUAAACUUAUAUUGAAUAUAUAACGUCCUUUAGUAAAUGAUAUCAAUUAUGGAUAUGGAUGUUAAAACCGAAACUGAAGCCUACGGGCUGGGCUGUGCGAUGGAGUAUUUCUCUGAUCACCAGGAAGUGCUCGAAAUGAUAGAUAACCUCGAAACCGUGCUGCAGAAAGGCAAUUCACAAAUUGAACGCGCAUAUGAAAGAUUCGUUGAUAUUUUGAAACAGUAUCACGAGCAACCGCACUUGCUGGACACGCAUUUGGAGCGCAUCUUGGAUAAAAUGAUUGGAAUCAUUCGCAAUUCAGAUAGUUCUAUGGACCUAAAACAUGCUGUAUUCAAAUAUAUGUAUGUUGUUACAAAUGUGCGGGGAUACAAAGUUAUUGUGAGGCAACUUCCUCAUGAGGUUGCAGAUUUUGAACCAGUUUUACAAUUAUUAGAACAACAAAACCCAAAUGAUUCAAAUACAUGGACAACCAGAUAUAUUUUACUUCUGUGGAUGUCUAUCAUUGUUAUGAUACCAUUUCACAUGUCUAGAUUAGAUGGUUUUGAACCAGAUGCGACAGGUGAUACGGACGCUAGCGGUAAGAAAACUGUGAUGCAACGUGUCUUAGACGUUUGCGAAACUUACACGGUGCAGCCUGAUAAAUGCCGCGAUGCAGCUGCCUUUUUAAUAUCAAAGUUCCUAACAAGAACUGAUGUAAAAGAAAAAUAUCUCGAUGAAUUCAUCUCUUGGGCAUGCAACUUGAGUGUAUCAAAAUCAAGCAGUUCUUUUGUGAAAUACGGCACAUUAUCUUCAAUUGCAAUGAUUUUAAAACACGGCAAACGUGAAGAUGUUCUACCGCAUGCACAAAAACUACUUGCGUGGAUAAUCAACGACGAAAUCAAGAACCACCCCGGUAGCAAUAUACAAAAACUGGUUUAUAAGAUAAUUCAACGUAUUGGUCUGAUUUUCUUGCCUCCUAAGAUUACCAAAUGGCGUUACCAGCGGGGUAAUCGAUCUUUAACAGCGAAUUUAAAUUCUGGUGAAGGCGAUCUCAGCAAAAAAGUCAUAAACACCAACGAGGUAGAUGCAGAUAUAACAGAAGUAAAUGUGGAUGUACCGGAAGAAAUCGAAGAAAUCAUCGAUCAACUCAUUCAAGGAUUACGAAGUGGUGAUAGUGUGGUGCGUUGGUCUGCUGCGAAAGGUAUUGGUAGAGUAACAGGCAGGUUACCGAAAGAAUUCGCUGAUGAUGUAGUCGGAUCUGUUUUGGAAUUGUUUAGUCCUAGGGAAGGUGACGGAGCUUGGCAUGGCGGAUGUUUGGCGCUUGCAGAACUAGGAAGAAGAGGCUUACUAUUACCUUCUAGAUUACCAGAAGUAGUGCCUGUGGUCAUGCAAGCGUUGGUUUAUGAUGAACCAAAAGGAUACGCAUCAGUUGGCAGUCAUAUAAGAGACGCAGCUUGUUACGUCUGCUGGUCGUUUGCAAGAGCAUACGAAACGAGUGAUUUAGAACCGUUUGUGAAUGAUAUUGCUGCACAACUACUGAUAGUCACAUGUUUUGACCGAGAGAUAAACUGCAGACGUGCUGCGUCUGCCGCGUUUCAAGAAAAUGUCGGUCGGCAAGGCACGUUUCCGCAUGGUAUUGAUAUUCUUACAGCUGCUGACUUCUUUGCGGUCAGUGUACGAACAAAUGCCUAUCACUCAAUCAGUGUUUUCAUCGCUAAAUAUGAAGAAUACACUGUUAAAUUAAUUAAUCAUUUGGUUGAGCGCAAAGUCCCACAUUGGGACAUGACAAUUCGUGAACUUUCUAGUAAAGCUCUAAACCAUCUUACACCUUUAGCUGCUGAUUACAUUGCGACUACCGUGCUGGAUAACUUGCUAAUAAAAACUCUCAGUAUUGAUCUAAAUGCUCGGCAUGGUGCUAUUCUCUCUAUUGGGGAGAUAUUUCUUGGUCUUGCUAGUAUCAACAAAGAAGUUUCCACCAUGAAUUCGCGUGCAAUUGAAGUUGCAAGGACUCUCAUUGCUAGUUACAAAGAAAGGUUAUAUUUUCGUGGAAUGGGCGGUGAGUUGAUGCGACUUGCAUGCUGCAGUUUUAUUGAGAAAUGCUCGCAAGCACAUAUGCCUUAUCAUGAUGCACCUGUAAGAGAAGAGUGGUUGGAUAUGUUGAACGACUGCCUUUCUUAUGAUUCGUCGAACAUCCGGUUGGCGGCGGUUCAAGCAUUGCCAUUUUUAUUGAAAGAGUAUUACAUUGAAGAUUAUGAAAGACAAAGCAGUCUUGUUGAUUUGUAUAUUCAGAAAUUAAGCGCUGAAAGUUUGGAAAUUGUACGGAUGGGUCACGCUUUAGCGUUAGGUGCUUUACCUAUUUAUAUCCUGGAGAAACAUUAUGAGAGAAUUAUAACUGUGUUGUUAAAGUCGUUGAAAAUCACACCGAGUACAUUGAAGUGGGCUGAAGCAAGGAGAGAUAUAAUUCGUGCAUUGACUGGAAUUAUAAAUCAUUCAAAUAUUGGGUACACGGAUGAACACAUUUUACAAAUCUUCGAGGCGUUGUUAAUAUGCAUGAAGGAGUAUACUCAAGAUAAUCGAGGUGAUAUUGGAGCUUGGGUGCGAGAAGCGGCUAUGAUUGGUUUGCAGACUUUGACAAUGAAAUUGUCAGAGAGUCGAGUUCAUUUACUUACUGAAGAUCUUGUUGAGAAGAUUGUGGUGAACAUUUCUCAGCAAACCGUAGAAAAGAUCGAUCGUACUAGGUCUCUGGCCGGAAAAUCAUUUUAUAAAAUAAUGCACAGUAAAAACAUUCCAAAUAUUCCGGAUCACAAAGAAGUGUUGGAAAUCUUCACGACUAAAACUUGCGAGAAUCUAAACUGGAAUUCAGCGACUGUAACAUUUCCAUUGUUUGUUGAAUUGGUAAAAUUCCCAAAAUAUAGUUACAAGAUUCUUCUGGGUCUUGUUUGUAGUAUUGGAGGGAUGACUGAGACAUUGGUUAAAAGCUCGUCGCACUCAUUUUUCAACUACUUGGAGAAGAAUGCAUCUAAUGUAAAUGAACUAGUGCGAAUAUGCGAUGUAAUCGAGCAGAUCUUCAUCGAUCACCAAAGAGUAGAUCGGAUUUCCGUACCGAUGUUGAAAUUUCUGGAAAAACUGUUUGCGUCUGGAAAGAUCAGCAGUGUAAUUGAGGAUGAAAGCUCUGAAUUUGCUAAAAAGGUUCUAAAGUUGUCUCAAUUGGAAAUUUCUGGUUGUAAAGACAUCUACAAGUUGAUUGAUGCAAUUAAUUUCUUCUGUCAAUACAUUCAAAUUAAUUCUGAAGUAAGCAAAAUAGCUUUGGUCCAAUUAAGUAUUUUGCUUUGUCAUCGACAACCGUAUGUGCGAAAAUCUACAGCUAAUAAGCUAUUUGAAGCUAUUUUGAUCUAUGGAGACAACAGCGUGAUUCCGCCGGAGAAUUUAGACGAAGUUCAGAACUGUCUCAGCACCACAAACUGGGAGGAAUCAAUUGAACAUGUCAAGCCUAUAAGAAAUAAUAUUUGCACUUUGAUUGGCACCAGAAUUCCUGUCCCAAUUGUCAAGAAGUAAGUUAAUUAUAAUUUGUGCAUUUAAUGUGCAAUGUAGGUUUAAAUUAUAUUACGUUUUUCAAUCAUUUAAAACGCAUAAUUAUAUUUUGUUAUACAUAUACAAAAACAUUCAAAGUA